AUGCCGGUGAAUAGUACCGAUUCGUCAGCACGGUCACUUCCUCGGAAAGCGAAGCACUUUCGAAAAGCCAAAGCCCAGCUCGUGGUUGUCGCGUCCUCCACCACGCUCGCACGACAGUCGUCGCCGGUGUUGAGUCCAUCGCCAUGGCAGGUUCCAGCACCACUGUGCGAUGAUGAUGAUGAUGACGAUGAUGAUGCCCCACGGCACUCCUACACCUACGGAGACCUGGAGAAGAAUAAGAAGCUAUGGCACACUCCGUACUACGAGAAUGAACUAAAACUGAAGCAGCUGUACAUAAAGAUUUGUAAGAAGCUGCCAAGUUAUGGAUGCAAAAUCUUUCAGGUGAAGGAAAUACUCAGAGGAAACACACAGAAAAAGAUACCCAGGUUAUUAGGCAUUGCCAGUGAGAAGAUAGUGUUACUGGACAAUAAAACCAAACUCCUCGCCAAAUCACAAAACAUUCGUAACUUGGAGGAUUGGCUGUCUGGCACAGGGAAAGCCCAUGAUGGCCUGGUCUUGGAGUUUCGUGGGUCAAAACCAUGGGCGUUUGUGAUGCCCACACUAGACAAUCUUAAGUCAGUAACAGCAGCCAUUUGGCAGGCGCUAGAUAUGGAUGGACGAUUCCUUAAUAAUGGCACGCUCAGGAGGGAUAGUUUCGAGUUCGACUUCCACCGACGACAGCUGUCGAUGCAGACGGAGAUGAGGAGUGGGACACAGUACGCCACAGAGCUGGAGCAGCUUCAGAAGAUGCUUCACUUCCCCGAGGAAGUGGCCAUGAUGCUGACAGACUCCGAACACAGCCUCUUCACCAGCAUUCCUUCCGCGCAGUAUGUGCGACAGGUCACAAUUGACCUCUCAAGGUCACCCACUCACAGGAAGCACCCAUGCGUGGAAGAUCUUAUACAGAGGUUUAAUGAGGUGACGACGUGGAUCACCCAGAUCAUCAUCACACAGGCCACCCAUGAGGACAGGAAGGCUGUGUUGUCUUGUAUCCUGAGACUGGCUGUCUACUGCUUCGUCCUCGGCAACUUCAACUCCGCAGUUGAGAUACUGGCAGGACUCAGAUCUGAGAAGUUGAAACCUUUCUGGUUGUCAAUAUCAGAAGAGAAUCUGUCCACCUUAAGCUCCUUGACUGAGGUCCUGCUCACAAGAGAUCCUUCUCCAGAAUACAGGGAGGCCGUCAGUAGAGCCUUAGAUAUCCAAGAAUGCAAAGUGGUUCCGUUUUUCGGUGGAUUCUUACGUGAUCUCAAGGCAAUAUUUGCCGGCGUUCCAAGUCUAAUUGUGCUUCCAUCGGAAGAAAAUCAAAACUUAGAGUUUGUGUCCGACUACAAUGGGGAGGACCGCUUCAUGACACGAAUCGGCGUGGGUGGCCUUAUCAACAUGGACAAGCUGAAACAAGCUCACAUCGUCCUGAACGACAUCCUCCUGUUCCACCACCAUGCAGACCACCAGAGGGCGCUCAUACAGAAACUGGAAGAUAUGGAACAAGAUGAGAACAGGAACCAUGUGCGAUCUGAAGAUGAUGACAGUGAUAGUGACUAUGACCUUGACCUUGACAGCUACCAACCUAUUCGACCUCUGUACAGUGACCAUGAGGUCAUGAUCAUCACCCCCAAGGUGGCAUGUCUGAACCAUCAUUGGCUACAGUGCAUGAACCAUGGGACAACAAUGGUGAGAUGGGAGGAGGACGGUGGUCGCGUGCAUGUGCUACCCCGACUCGAGAUUGACAAUGCCACAUUAACCUGGCGGAAACCAUCAUGGAGGCGCUUACGCCACGCUGGCAACACCACGCCAGAUUAUGUGUUGAAGGGUGAAGUGGAGAGCAAUGGGUCGCAAAUCCUAUGUGCUCGCCACACAACGGGCGAGGAAGUCUGUGAUAACCUAGAGGAAGGCUAUAUUGAUGUGACUGUCAUCAAGGAAGUGUAUUUCGACAAUGAAACUGUUGAUCUUGCUGCUGUGUCCAAGCGCCAUGGGUUGGAGGAUAUUAGUCAUGAGCACAACUGUAUUACCAUUCUGUAUGGAACCUACCUGUCAGAGAACCGCAAGUUGUGGUUCAUUGCGUCUGCACAUACUGCCAAGAUCUGGUACCAUGGUCUCAAGUGUCUGGUACGGGCAUCCCACAAACUACAGUACCAGACAGACAAGAAGCUGCAGUGGUUGAAACAGCAGUACCUGCAGUUGUACUAUGACUCUGAGAAGUGUCAGGGACCAACACCUGCUGAAGCCAUCAAGGUGUUUGGUGGUCGUUCUUGGAGUGGGCCCCAGCACCAAGUUGCAGCACAGGAACCUCCAUCAGCCUUUAAACGCACUCCGAGUUUCAGUAUUGGAUCCACAUACUUCAAGAAGAGGAUGAGUGGAAACUAUUCCAUGAAGCCUCAUGACGGAUCAUCCCGAGGUUCCAGCCCGGUCACCAUGAUCUCCGUCAACGAAGGGGGCAAACAGUCAUCAAAGCAGCGGCGGACACCAAGUCCGAUACGGAAGGUCAGAUCUGAGAUGCAGAAAACAGCUUCAAGUGAUCCGACUCUCAACCAGAUUCCAAGAGGAAGUCCAACUCCAGGAUUUCGACCACGCAGCCUCACUUUCAGUUUCACAAACAGAUACCGGUCACGUCGCAGACGAAUGUCGCUUGGGUGUAAAACUGGCGACAAUAAAACUAAUUCCAUCACCCAUUCUACUCAGCUGUCCUUUCUGGACUUUGUGGACUUGUUUAAAGCAUUCGGACUUCGGUGCCGCAAGGACUUGAAAGAACUAUUUGAGCAGUUUGCCGUUACCAAGUCAACAGGAAUGGAACUGCCAUCUGUGAAGCACCCUCCAUACAUUCCUAGUCCAAGAGAUAUGUGUGUGAUAACACGUAACAAUGCACUAGAUCUCACCCAGGACAACCAACAGCGCCGCACAAUCUGCGACGUCCUCGCUGUAUCUAGCAUCAUCUCCAAUUUCGCUGGGGUGGAGACAACGCCAACCAAGUGCAUGGGUUUGCGAGAGUUCCGCCAGUUCCUCGAGGACUACCAGGAGGAGGCAUAUGAUGACGAUGAGAUCAUCGAGCUGAUCCAACGCCAUGAACCGGACUCAAUGUUGUGAGAUCGCUGUUGUCUAUCAUUUGAGGGAUUCGCCAAGUUCCUCAUGGACAAGGAUAACUUUGCGUAUCUGCCUGAGAAGACCAAGCACAAUGAUGAGGAUAUGAACCAUCCCCUCCCUCACUACUACAUCGCCUCAUCUCACAACACAUAUCUCACUGGACAUCAGCUCAAGGGGGAGUCAUCCGUGGACCUCUACAGUCAGGUGCUGCUGAUGGGGUGUCGGUGUGUGGAGCUGGACUGCUGGGACGGAGAUGAUGGGGCACCGAUCAUAUACCAUGGACAUACACUCACUACAAAGAUCUCAUUCAAGGGUGUUGCCGAAGCCAUCAACCGAAGUGCUUUUGUGACGUCCCCGUACCCAGUCAUCCUGUCCAUAGAGAACCACUGCUCCAUACCACAGCAACAGAAGAUGGCGCAGAUAUUCACAAGUGUGUUUGGUGACAAGCUGGUGACCAAGUUUCUGUUCGACUCGGACUUUUGCGAGGACCCACAGCUACCAUCACCGAACCAGCUCAAGUACAAGAUCCUCAUCAAGAACAAGAAGAUCAGGGACCCUGAGAGUACUGCAGCCAUCAAGAAGCUUCCUGUGCAGUCUCGGACAUCCAGCAUGGCAUCAUCGGAAAGUACCUCCAUCAAUGACUUCGAUGACGAUGAUGAUGAAGAUGAGGAUGAAGACGAUGUUACUGAUGCUGUGAAGGAACUGAGGCGAUCUGUGGACAGCCAAGACAGCCCGACGCCAGACCAGGAGGACAAAAGCAAGAUGCAGUCAAGACAGAGGAUGGACUCUUUUGGUGAACUUGGUCCGAGGCAACACUCUGAAUCUUUUGGGGAGAAGCAACGUCCCAAAAGCCACCCUGAACUAGACUGGCAUUUUGAUGAGGACAUCCAUGAUUUGAAAACACCACCUAAAGUCAAGGCCAAGAAAGCUAGUCAGAUAGCCAAAGAACUGUCUGAUCUUGUUGUAUACACUCAGGCAGUCAAGUUUAGAGGCCUAUCCUUGAGUCCAAACACAUCACUGAAGCAGAAGAAGGGGGCUACACGGAAGAGCAUACUGACAAGUGGCCUUGGUAACAGCCCAAGUACCCCAACCCUCAUUAACUCAGGUGAGAAGGUGGACCUCAUCAUCCCAGCAUCAAUACCGCGCAUCAAGAAAUGUGAUGGCACCCCAGCCUGUUACCUGGUAUCUUCCCUCAACGAGAACAAGGCAAAACAACUGUGUCGGAGAAACCCCCUCGGUGUCAUCAACCAUACUGAGAGGCAGCUGAUGCGGACGUACCCGGCGGGGAUGAGAAUCGAUUCCUCCAACUUCAACCCUGUUAUAUUCUGGGCUUUCGGCAUCCAGAUGGUGGCUCUAAACUACCAAACUGAAGAUACGGCCAUGGCUCUGAAUACUGCCAUGUUUGAGGCGAAUGGACACAGUGGUUACAUUCUCAAGCCGCCAGUCAUGUGGGCCAAGAAUCAUAUGAUGUACAACCGCUUCAAUCCAUGGGACAAGGAAUUUGACGGGCUGCACGCCACCAUCCUUACUCUCCAUAUUAUCUCGGGGCAGUAUGUGUGUCCGAACCACACAGCCAGCACGCAGGUGGAGGUGGAGAUCAUCGGCAUCCCGGUCGACUGUGCCAAACAGAAGACAAAAGUCAUUGCAAAAAAUGCCCUAAAUCCAAUCUGGAAUGAUGUCUUCACCUUCCAGGUGCUAUUUGCUGACCUCGCCUUCAUCCGAUUUGUUGUGACCGACACAAACACCAGCCAUCUUGUCUCCCAGAAGAUUGUGCCUCUGAGGUAUCUCAGACCAGGUUACCGCCACGUCCGACUCCGCAAUCCGUCCAAUCAGCCACUAGAGCUGGCCACACUGUUCAUCUACUCAAAACAUGAGGAGGAGCUCCUUGAGCCUUGCAACAGCCUUGACAUCAGUCAUGCGUCAGGCCCCGGGAAACGCAUGUCACUCUUUGCCAAGGUCAAGGAACUUUCAGAAGUUGCACGAGCGGACCAGGCUGCAAAUCCUGUUGUUACCAAACUGAAGCGUCGAAUGUUUUUCAUCAGUGUGUUUGGAGUUACUGCCCCUGAUGAAUAUGUCAUUCUCAAGGUCACUCAGGACACUACAGUAUAUGAUGCCAUAACACAGUCCCUCAUUAAAGUGGGUCGCCUGGAGGAGCGGGUGGGAGACUUUGUGUUGGUGGAGGAUGUGCAGAGCGGCUGGGAGAAGCGGGACCAGGAGAAGGCCAGCAGUCAGAGGAUCCUGGACAUGACUGAGAAGGUUCUGCAGGCACAGAACAAGUGGAAGGGAGCAGGACGCUUCAUCCUCCGUAGACUCAGUGAUGAUCCCAGCAGCAGAGCGUGGGUGACCACAUUGCUGAAAGACCAGAAGCGUAAACAUGACCUGGAGUCGGACACGACUGACUGGGACUCUCUGGAGCACAUGUUUGUGGUGUGUGUGUACAAUGUGUCACCAGAACAACCAUACACAGUCUUCAAGGCCCCAGUCACCAGCACAGCCCAGGACAUCAUUACACAGGCCAUGAUGAAGUCCCGACGAGCAAACACAGAUGAUCCCCGCAACUUUGUUCUGGUUGAAGAACUUGAGCUUCCAUGUGUCAAUGACAGCCAAUCAGGGACAAGCAGACGGAAAGGCAGUGAGCGUUGUGAAAGUCGUGUGUUAGCCGAUGACGAGAAUGUACAUCAGGCCCAGACAGAGUGGAAGACAAACGGAAGGUUCAUGUUGGUUUCGCGGGAAACGGCAGGGGGAGAGGAACUUGGGGAGAAGAGGCGCAGUCUCCCACUGCCUGUCAAGGUUCUGCCAAAGUCCUCUUGUGGGUCCCUGGCCAAAAGGAUCGGAUCCAAGAAGAUUGUAAAGCAACACUUGAUAGGAGAGAGGAUGGCUCAGCUCCCACAAACACCAGACCAGAUACGGAAAUCCAUCAGUUUCCCAUCUCAGGUGAACAACACUAACCUGGUUGCCACGGCAACAGCCUCAUCACGGACACACACACAUAAUGACAAACCAGGCAUGUUCAAGAUAAAGAAGUUGUCUCGCCUCAACUUCAAACUGGGGAAAUGAAGGCUUGAAAUACCAGACACUAUGUUUCAACAUUCCAUUUACCAAGGUAGACAACUCUGUCACCUUCUGAUUCUGCGUUCAGAUUCAGAAAAAAAAUCAUUUUGAUCAAAAGAUCAAGGUUGAGUGGUGAGGAUGAAAAAAAUGCUGACAAUGUAUUUUGAAGUCAAGGCCUUGGUACCUAACGACGGCAUUCUGCUUGUUUACCUGAACUGAAUGGCUUUGUCAGCCAUGACUGAGCCAAGUGGGCUGUAUUUCACAAGGAUCGGACAUUUCAGUGCUAUUCUGUUGGGUUGUGCAAUGUAAACAUGGUAUUGGAUUUGUGAUAUUCCUGGCAAUCGUCAACAUUGGAGACCUGAAUCGAUUGCCCCAUGUGUGAAUAACAAGAACAACAACAUGGCUUGGAGGCCAUCAUGGGUUGAAUUGUAGCCUUUAUUCCUACUUCCAGUCUUUCUGUAAUAACAGAUGAUAAAAUGGGCAAUAUCCCUUGAAAUGACACAUGACACUGCCAUCUGAUUGGAUAAUGGUGAUGUAUAAAAGGCAUUGAUUGGAUGCAAGAUUUGAUUGGACCAGUACAGGAUUUCUUAUUGGUUAAAACCAACAGGGCAAUACCCUCCGAUUGGAUGAGAGAAUUAUGCUGUGAUGACCAUUUUCUCAAUCAAAACACCAUAUGGUCUAUAUUUAUUAUUGCACAUUUGUGAGAGAAAUUAGAAAUAUUAUAGUGAAUUUGCAAUUUUCCAUGCUGUGGCAAUAUCUCCAUCUUUGUACUUUUCUUAUUCAUGAAGACAUGACACUACAGUUGUUUCAGUUGAUGGGAAGUAUUUCCAGCACCAUCAGUCUUCAGGAAAAUGUUAUUGUAUUGAGUAAACAUUCUUGAACAUGAUUCAUUAUUUAUUUCAUAACUUAUUGUGAUUAAUAUGUUUACUUUUGUAUGUGGAGAAAAUACAACAUACUGAUAGCCUGAAGUCACACAAUUACACACUAAAGAGGUGAACAAAAUAAUGUGGAUGGUUCAUUUCUGUCAACUCAGCAAAUAUGUGUUCUUUAGUCAGCAUCAAACUGCAUUUUGACUUGUGAGACUUGACUGAUAGUCUGUACGAUACAGAGAGACAGGCUGUAUGCUGAAAAUAACUGAGGUUGUUGGGUGCAUUAAACAUCAAUACAGCAGGUGCAAAUAUAUAACAUCCAGACAACAGGUGUUGAGUGCAUGUUGCACCCAGAAAGAAUGUUGAGGGCAGAUCACAUUCAGACACCAGGUGCUGAGUACAUGUCACACCCCAAAAAGAAUGUUGAGGGCAGAUCACAUCCAGACACCAGGUGUUGAGUACAUGUCACACCCCAGAAAGAAUGUUGAGGGCAGGUCACAUCCAGACACCAGGGUGUUGAGUACAUGUCACCACCCCGGAAAGAAUGUUGAGGGCAGAUCACAUCCAGACACCAGGGUGUUGAGUACAUGUCACACCCCAGAAAGAAUUCUAAGGCAGGUCACAUCCAGACACCAGGUGCUGGGUGCAUGUUGCACCCCAGAAAGACUGUCGAGGGCAGGCCACACUCAGACACCAGGUGUUGAGUACAUGUCACAGCCCAGAAAGAAUGUCCAGGACAGGUCACACUCAGACACCAGGUGUUGAGUACAUGUUACACCCCAGAAAGAAUUCUAGGGCAGGUCACAGUCAGACACCAGGUCUUCAGUGUCUUAUGUCUCAUCCAGACACCUGCAUGUCACAUUCAGUCCCCAGUAGUGUAACACCAGGUGUUCUAUGUAUAUCACACCCAAGUACCAUUUCCUCAGUAAAUGUCACACCCGCACAAUACAUGCCUUACAGUGUGGAAUAUAUUCCAAUAACCAUCCAAGUUUUCUUUAGAAGGGGAAAACAAAUGUAUUACAUUGUUUGAGAGAAUAGAAUGUUAGCUGUCAACUGCCAAAUGUCCAGUAUCCUUCAUCACAGAAUUUACCACAGAAUUUCUCUCCAGUGAAAAGAUAUAAUUUUGUUUUCAAAAUUUCAAAAAGAUAUACAUGUAUGUGUCCCAAGUAUUUGGAACAUAAAGAUUAGUACAACUAAUUAAUUUGACAUCCCAAACGUAAAUUGUUGUUUUGGUCUAGAAUGUUAGUAAAUGAGUUUUUCGUGUCUUGUUAAUGGGAUGUACAUUGUUUGAAUACAUGAAUAUUAUAUACUUGAAGUAUUUGACUUGUCUUUCCACUCUGGACAACUGAUGACGACUAUGAUGAGCAGUGUGAUGGAAACAAGUGCUUUUGCUGUGACAUUUUGUUUAACUACUGGAAACAAACAUACCUAGGCACCUCCUGUCAAAGUCAGUUGGUUUUUGUUCCCUCAUUUCAAAUCAUUUAUCAGGUCACCUGGACCAAUGUGUCCGUUUACCAGUAUUGAAACAUCAAAGUCUAGUCAUGUAUACAAUGUUAAUUGUACAAAUGAAUUGAGUGAGAGAAUAUUUAGCAGGAAUGGACAGUAUUCUAGAUGUGUCAUAUUGCUGAGCUUUUAUGUAGGACACCUGGUUUUGAGUGCAUGUACCAUCAAGACACCAGGUGUUGAGAUGACACAUACCAAGACACCAUGUGUUUAGUGUGAGUCAACACUAGGACCAGGUGUUGAAUAUAUGUACUAAGAUACCAGGUUUUGAGUGCAUGUACCAUCAAGACACCAGGUGUUCAGUGAAUAUAACACCCAGACACUAGCCAUUGGCACCAUUCAGCUGGAAUAUUGCCUAAAAGUGACAUAUCACCCUGAUAUUCACUCAUUUACUCAUGCAAGCCCUGGGUUUGAGUUUCAAAGACUUUAAUAUGAGGUUCGCUGUUCAGGACCAUGUAGAUUUUGCAAUCAAUAACAACCUGUUCAUGUUUUCAAGGACAAUGUCAUUUUGUUUGUAAAACUGUUUGUCACUUUAAUGUUUUGUUUUAAACAUUUUUUUGUACAAAUGUACAACUCCACCAAGAAAAGAAAGCCUUAUGGAUCACAAUGGAAAACCUUUGUAUCCCCCUGGCUUUUGGAAUUAUCUGCCACAUAUGACCUUUCUCAAAUGUUAAUGUCUACCUAGACUGCAGACAAAAUGUCAGUUUUAUUACCCAUCUUUUACAGCAUUCUAAUACCGAUUUCUCUUUUGUUAUCUCUAAAAAACUGCUAGUGCCCAUUAGUGUCCCCCCUAUACUUAUGAAGAAAGAGAUGCCUAACACCAUCCCAAUAUGCUUUUUGCUGCUUGAUAAGAUGCCAUAAAUAAUGAAAUAAUUAAAAGGGAAUGUCUCCAUCACAUGACCCUUUUCAACAUUUUUUAUGCCAAAUCAUUUUUGUAUAGCCAUAAAGGGAGGCAAUUCUUUUCAUCCAAUCUAAAUGAAGUAGGUGUGGGCUCUUGAAGACAAUGUUUUUGAAACAGUUCGCUUUCAUUUUUUUAAUCUAAAAUUUGUUUUUGACCAAAAGAGAGUGCCACAGUACAUGGAACACGUUUUAGUGUUGAUGUCUUGGUGCCUAGAAACAACAGGCUGCAUGUAAUAUGCUCAGUAAUUAAAUAGCCUGAUUUGAUUCAUUUGCAUUCUGAACUCAGCAGUUACAUUUGUUUUUGAGAUACAGAAAUUAGAUAUUCUUGCCUGAUGAAGACAUCAUGCAUUCAACACUGAGAGUAGUUCCCCUUGGAUUGUCCAGGAGUCUGAGUUUGAACAUGGCAGUUGAUUUCUUUGGUCAGGGUGUGUGUACAAAACAAGAAGUCCUCUCUGUGAUAAUUGUUAACUUUACUUUGUUUUCAUAUUUUCCAUUCACAUAUUCCUGUUGGAUCUAGAAAUCUUUCAUGCCAAAAUACUUAAUGCCUUUGUAAACAUAUGUUGAAGAUCCUUCAAUGGUUUUUAGACUGAGUAGACUCACAUGUAUAUAGUGUAGAGUUCACUGAAGCCAGUGAAUUAUGCUAUACAAUUUAUACUGAGACCCAAUAAGAUAUUACGUAGUCUAUCAUUUAGUAUUAUUCUCAUAUAUAUUUAGAUAUAUCAGGGAAUUCAUGAUUUGAUACAUUUCGCAAAUUAAAGUCACUCCAUGAAAUUAUAAUUUAUUCUUUAAAACUCUCAUAAAGACAGACCAUUAUUUGUUCUAGUUUAUACAGUUAAAGGUGCUUAUAUUCCAAAAUGUGAGAGUUGAAAUAUGGCCUAAAAAAAAAUGUUGUGGUUCCGAUUACCCGACCGACCCUUGAAUUCUGGUGCCUACCCUAUCUUUUUUAGGUGGUAUGAAUAAAAUAAGCUUUUAGAUACCAUUGUUUUUUCCCGUCACCGACGGACAUCGGUCACUCUGAUAGAGAAAUUGACAUGAUGACCGCAAGCUUGAUGAAUAAACAAUUACACAUUGAUAAA